CUGCUGAAUUUAGGCAAACUAUCAUCAAACGAAUGAAUGGUAAUAAACUUGAGGAAUUUGCUCAAGAGUAUUUUGUCAAUUGUACUCUUUGUGGAAUAAUCAUUACCACUAACUUAGAUCAUGAAUAUGAUGAAGCACAUCUUGUAGCAGUUGAAUUAUUGAACCCAAUUAAGAAUCCUCAAACAU